AUUCACUACAGUGAACUCCUCGCUGAGGUCAAAAAGUUUGCCAAUGUCCUGAAGGCACAAGGCAUAGAAAAAGGCGACCGCGUGUGUAUCUACUUACAGAUGGUUCCAGAGUUAGCGAUUGCGAUGUUAGCGUGUGCGAGGAUUGGUGCUGUCCCUCUAUCGUUUUCGGCGCAUUUUCAGCGGAAGCCCUCCGAGACAGAAUUAACGACUCAGCGUGUUAAACUGCUGAUAACGCAGGUACCGGCAAUGCGUGGUACCCGUAGCGAUAUACCGAUGAAGGUAAAUGCCGAUGCCGCAGUUGCCGAGUGUCCAUCUCUUGAAAAGGUUGUCGUUGUCAAGCGAACAGGAGAUGCAGUUGACUUUGAUGCAUCCAGAGAUAUUUGGUGGCAUGAAGCAAUAGCAAACGCCGAUGCAGAUGUGAACCGGUAG